AUGCCGUCGACUCCCGCGACCGCUUCCGCCGCCAUCGACACCGAUAUGUCCGGCGAUUACUUAAUGACACACUUGUCGGCGGAGUUGAGACGUCUUCGGGAGUCGUAUUUGGAUCACAUUCUGGAGUUGUAUCUCUUGGAGACGAACGGAAAUUUGAUCGACUUUUACGGCUUUCGGAAACGGCUGACGGCCGCCGAACUGAUCCAAUACUUGCGCUCAGCCUCUCAACAGAAACCCAUACCCGAUGACGAGAUCCAAGAGCUCAUUAGUCUGAAACUGUCGCUCGAUGUAAGCCAUCAGAGCCGCCAAUCGGCCGAUGGUAUGGCUUUCGGCGACCACUCGUCGCCGGCGCCCUCUCCCGCCUCCUUUGCCGCCGCAGCCGCUCAAGUGAUGGCCGCCUCUAACGCUGCCUCGAGUAGCGCUUUGGCCGUCGCGUCAGCCCCUUGUGAUCAGUCGGCGAUAUCUACCACUUCUUUGCCCUCACCGGCGAUAACUCAACCGCCGGUCGUUUUGUCUCCAUUAACACCUCUGACGCCCAAAACGAGUCACUCAUUGCCGCCGUUGGGGCCGACGCUGACACCGGUCUUAUCUCAAACUGCUUCGCAGUCUGGGAACCGAAGUGCCGGUCAGGCUGUGUCUCCACGGCAUCCGACACGACAGCACUCGAUCUCUUCCUUCUACGACACAGCCCUCGGAACGCAGGACCAGAUCGUAGAGAAGGCGAAACAAGAGGCGCAUGUCGUGCAGAGAGUGGCCGAACUGCGAAAGAAUGGCUUGUGGUCGGGCCGACGGCUGCCCAAAGUGCAGGAACCGAUGCGACGCAAAACGCAUUGGGAUUACCUCUUGGAAGAGAUGCAAUGGUUGGCCACGGAUUUCGCGCAGGAAAGGAAGUGGAAGAAGGCUGCGGCCAAGAAGUGCGCCAAAAUGGUGAUGAAAUAUCAUUCGGACAAACAGUGUUUCGCCGAACGCGCGGAACGCGAAGAACUCUUGCGAAUGAAAAAGAUUGCGUCCAAUAUUGCCAAACAAGUGAAGACCUUUUGGUCGGACGUCGAGAAAGUGUUUGAAGCGAAACAAGAGGUCCGCCUGAAGGAGAAGCGCAAGAAAUUACAUGAUAUGCAUCUCAACCUCAUUGUCGACAAAGCCGACAGAUAUACGGAACGACUGACCGCCGAAUUUGGCAAAUCGUUGACUACCAGUGAUAGCGUCGCCAGCGAUGAGCCGAUUGAUAACGAGUUUGAACCCGAAAAUAGCGAAUCAGACGACGAAGAGACCAUCGCUAAGGAGGAGGAAGAGGUCGGGGUUGGCGACGGUGUGUCAGAGAUAGAACUGUUGCAGAAAGAGAGUGAAAUACCACUCGAAGAUCUGUUGCCCAAAGGGCUCAUUGAGGGAUCAGUUGGCGAGACAACUGAAGAUCCUAUUGAGCGCGAAGACAAUGAUUUUAAAGUGUCGGACGAAGAACUAGUCGAAGACGAAGAGGAGACCAUUGAACAGGAAGAAGAGAAAGAAGGAGCGAUCGAUCACUCGGCAGAGCUUAAGGAAUUGGACGACGAUAUGAACGUUCCUAUAGAAGAGCUGUUGGCAAAGAUGUACGGAUCGGUCGAUAGGAGUGAGUUAGACAGCGAUGACGACGACAUCGAUGAAGAGAGCGAAGAAGUGGACAAUACAGCGUCCGAAGAGUGCGACGACGAGGUGUCCGAUGAGGAGGACAUGUCGACCGAGGAAGAGGGCGGCGAAAUAGGAAUGGAGUUUCUUAUUAAUCCGGACGCCAACCACUCGAUUAGAAAACCAUUAAUUGAGGAGGUGACCGACGAGAAGAAGCCCACUAUUGGCCCGAAUCGUGAGAUAACAGAUAUCGCGGGCGACGCCGAGAGUCUUCAGCCGAAAGGCAUAAACCUAUCGACAGUGAAAGUGUGCACAAAUGUUCCCUUUUUGAUCAAACACGAGCUCCGGGAGUACCAACACAUAGGCCUGGACUGGUUGGCGGCGAUGCAGGACAAGAAACUGAAUGGCAUUCUCGCCGAUGAGAUGGGUUUGGGAAAGACUAUUCAGACGAUUGCAUUAAUCGCUCAUUUGGCCACUGAAAAGGGUAUUUGGGGCCCACAUCUGAUUGUAGUGCCCACUAGUGUUAUGCUUAACUGGGAAAUGGAGUUUAAGAAGUGGUGUCCGGCACUCAAAAUACUGACAUAUUAUGGAAGUCCUAAAGAGAGAAAACUCAAACGUCAGGGUUGGACGAAACCGAAUCAGUUUCACGUGUGUAUCACAUCAUACAAACUUGUAAUACAAGAUCACACGUCGUUUCGGCGCAAGAAGUGGAAGUACUUGAUCUUAGACGAGGCGCAACACAUCAAGAAUUUCAAGUCCCAGAGAUGGCAAAUGCUUCUCAAUUUUAAUACAUCGCGACGCCUGCUGUUGACGGGAACUCCUCUGCAGAACAAUCUGAUGGAGUUGUGGUCACUGAUGCACUUCUUGAUGCCCAACGUAUUCCAAUCGCACAAAGAGUUUAAGGAUUGGUUCGUGAAUCCCGUGACCGGAAUGGUUGAGGGGAACAGCGAAUACAAUGAGGGACUCAUUAGACGUCUGCACAAAGUUCUUCGGCCUUUCCUUCUGCGGCGACUCAAAUGCGAUGUCGAGAAACAAUUGCCAAAGAAAUACGAACACGUGGUUAUGUGUCACUUGUCUAAACGGCAACGGUUCCUAUACGAAGAGUUUAUGUCACUUAGAAAAACAAAAGAGACUCUAAUGUCGGGUAACUUCUUGAGUGUAAUCAAUAUACUGAUGCAAUUGCGGAAAGUAUGUAAUCACCCGAACCUCUUCGACCCGCGACCCACUGUCUCGCCCUUCAUGUUUGAACCGCUCACAUACGAGACGGCAUCGCUGGUCACCACUGCUCUCGACUACGACCCGUUGCGUAACGUAAAUCUCAAUUCUCUGAAUUUGAUUUUGUCGGACCUGUCGUUCUCAUUGAGCGCUUUUGCUCACCACCGCAUCGUACGCUUCAUGACGUCGCCGGAGCUGAUCCAAGAGAUUGAUUCGGCGCCCGAACCGCCGCCGAAGUGUCCGCGCGGGAAGAUUCGUCUCCAAAUCAGAACCUCUACAAUGCAUUCCGCAAAUCAGUCGCCAAAACCGCUCCCAAACCCGCCAUCUCUGCCCUCAUUUCCUGCCACUCAUCGAAAUAGUGAUCAAAAGUUUUUAAUGUCUCCCAUUUCCAAGACUCCCACCACACCUACCACUACCUCAUCAGCUGAUGGCAAUAGAGUUGCCAUACCUUUGGGUCGUUUAGUUCAAACGCCAACCGGUCCUCACAUACUGUUGCGAACGUCGACAGCAACUCCCGUCUCGUCCACUAUUCCACAAUCCAUUGUAAAGCAGAGCCCAAUGAGACAAAUCAUUGUCCGCGCCGUCACCCCCAACGCUGUCGGCGCUGCUAACAGUCAAGAGUCGGUCAGCUCUAUAAACAGAUCCGCUUCGGUGUCAUAUCGAAAGCCCUCAUUACUGGCCAAACAAUUGUCUGAACGUAAAGAUAAACUCACUUUUUUGUCGCGUAUUAAUCAACGCAAGUGUUGCGCAACCGCUUUAUACGCCUCUGACUUGAUUGAGGUCUCGACGAUCAACAAUAGCCCCAAGUAUUUGACGCGUUCUGUUCCCUUCGGCUCUAAUGUCUACAGCAUUGGAAACGGAUAUCUGAAUGCAUUAUUAGCGCCACAUUAUAGUGAACACCGCAAACACCACUCUAUGUUUACGGACUCUUUGAAUGAUAUGAUCAAAACGCCCGACAAAGUUGUGGAUGAGUUGAAGGAAGUGUUGCGACGCUUUAUAUGUAUAGUUCCGCGCGUAAUGACAUCACCCGUACGACUGCAUGCCUCGCAUUUGCCGCCCUCCAAGAGGACGUCAAUCGAGACACUGAGCGCUCAACUCAGCCAUCAUUUGUCCGAUCGUUUAGAUGUAUUGCAAAUACCAGUCUCUCAAAUGCGAACUCAAUUCCCAGAACUCAGACUUAUUCAAUACGAUUGCGGAAAACUGCAAACAUUGAACCGAUUGCUGUGGGAUCUGAAGACGGGUCAACACCGAGUGUUGAUAUUCACGCAAAUGUCGCGAAUGCUGGACAUAUUUGAACAGUUCCUCAACCAUAACGGCCACACAUAUCUGCGUUUGGACGGCACCACCAAAAUAGAGCAAAGACAAGCGCUGAUGGAGCGGUUCAACGCCGACAAACGUAUCUUCUGUUUCAUUCUGUCGACGCGUUCGGGUGGCGUCGGUGUGAACCUCACGGGAGCCGAUACUGUGAUAUUCUACGACAGCGACUGGAAUCCAACGAUGGACGCGCAGGCGCAGGACAGGUGCCAUCGCAUCGGUCAGACCAGAGAUGUCCACAUCUAUAGACUCAUUAGUGAAAUGACAAUCGAAGAGAAUAUUCUGAAGAAGGCUCAGCAGAAGAAGCUGUUGGGCAGUCUUGCCAUCGAAGGCGGCAACUUUACCACCGCUUUCUUCAAGCAGAACGCCAUUCAGGAACUCUUCGGCAUUGAUUUGCCGUCGACUGAUGGCCAAAGCGUGGCUCCCAUUAGCGCCCCUCCCGUUGACGAAAUGGAUCCCAACUUUGAUUUACAAUUAGAACAGGCGUUGGGAACUGUUGAAGAGGACAACGAUGUGGCCGCUGCUAAGACAGCCGGCGCUGAAGCGGCCGCGGAGUUUGCGGAAUUCGACGAAAACAUUCCACUCGAUGUCGACAAUAGAGAGGAAGAGAAGAGUCCCGAAGAAGAAAAGAUCGAUGAAAUCAUUCAUCAGCUGACACCUGUGGAGAAGUAUGCGAUGAAAUUAUUAGAAGUACUCCAGGAGUCGGUUUCCUUUGAACAGCUCAAACAGGCAGAGGAGGAGAUCGAAGCGCACAAACAGGAGUGGGAAUUGAGACGAAUCGACGCCGAAAAGGACGACGCGCUCAGACGUGAGGAAGCCAUGGAUGAGGACAGAGAGCCUUUACUUACGGUCCAUAGAGAGGACGCUUACAAUCAGCUGACACCUGUGGAGAAGUAUGCGAUGAAAUUAUUAGAAGUACUCCAGGAGUCGGUUUCCUUUGAACAGCUCAAACAGGCAGAGGAGGAGAUCGAAGCGCACAAACAGGAGUGGGAAUUGAGACGAAUAGACGCCGAAAAGGACGACGCGCUCAGACGUGAGGAAGCCAUGGAUGAGGACAGAGAGCCUUUACUUACAGUCCAUAGAGAGGACGCUUACAAUCAGGUGUACAUAUCAUAUAAUGGUUACGAACAAAUGCCGAUAUGGGCGCCGCCGACACCGCCUCAGGACGAGAAUGAUCUCUACAUUGACUAUUCGUUGGGCUUUCUCUACGAACAAACACCAAUGCCUGAGUCUCUAUUGCCGCCUAUUUAUGUGCCCAAAGAGUCCAAUAAGAGACUCAAAUUAGACACGACUAUAGCUCGCAAACAAAAGGCCCGCAAAGAGGAGGGUUUCAAUAUUCCGCGCUCUCUAUUCGAUCGUCCGUCCACUUCGAUCAUUAAGAUUCGUCGCGAACUCAUCCUUCAGAAGAUGAAGAUUGUGGUCAUUUCGGGACCGGAGAACGCGGCCAUCCAUAGGACACUGAACGCACUCAGUCAGAGUGUUGUGAUGCCACCGGCGCCACCAGUGCCCCCAGCCGUCCAUAAGGCCGCCCAGUUAUACAGCGCGAGUCCUCUGCAGGAAUCGAUACCCAAAUGGGCGGUUCAUGAGGACUGGGCUGUACUCCAUGUCCUCCAAUACUUUCAGGAUGUGCCGCAGAAUUUGGCUGUGAUAUCGCCCGGACAUCAGCCCAAUUGGGAUCUGGUGUCAGACGUUGUCAAUCUUCUCAGUUGUAAUUAUAGAUCACCCAAACUGUGUCGCUAUCACUACGACACGGGUAUAGUUCCCCGAGAAGAGGGCAAAUCAGUGGCCGAGUCUUCCACUCCUAAACCAAAGCAAAAGAAACUGAAAGGAGGUCCCACUCCUCCCAUUACCUCAGGCACUGCCGCACCGGUUCCGCCCACGGCGUCGACCAGUAGUGCCAGUAAAGCCAAUGCAGUCACUCCUCCCACCCGUCCCAUCAAAACCAGUCAAUUGAUAGUCGAAGACAAUAACCUAACGUUCAGUCAGUUAUAUAACCAAAGAUUUGAAACAAUAAAACAAAUCGCAAACAAAAGGACACCGACUCUGAAGCAUAUGUUCAUCAAUCCGACCGCUAAGAACCCCAAACACAUCGCUCUGCUGUCCGAAAGUGGCAUAAACUUCGAGCAACCGAUUUCGCCGAUCCAAGUGGCCAUCAAUCGCGCCGAACGCAUAUCGCGCGAGAAACAGAAGGCGAUGGCCGAACAGCAGUUGGCCGCUCGACAACUCCAGCAACAGAUGCAACAAAAACAACAGCAAAGCACACAAAUUAAGACCAUUCUCUCGCAAAACACUAACAUUCAGACAUCGCAGCAGCAGUUGACGCAAGCGAUCAGCGCUAAGAUGAGCGCAAUAAACCAGUCGACAAUAGCUAAGGGCGCUGUCGUCAGUCAGGGAAUGCCGACCACCGCCGCUGCCGUAAGUCAACUGAAUCUCAGUAAAGCGUUAUCUCACGCCAACAUCACUUCACAGCAAUUGCCGCAACCAAUACUCAGUCAGAUCAGUGUCAGUCCGCAACAGAUCGGCUCAACCACUGUCACCAACACUGACGGCUCUCAGCAGACAUGUUCUGUGGUCUCUGUGGCCACACUUCCACCUCAGGUGCACUCAAAGAUAAUGGCGGUGUCGCCCGUCAAUCAGAUCGGCGGCCAUCCGAUUGGCAAUCGUAUGGCGACACCCAAUCAGCAGAUAUAUAAACAAAUUUUCCUUCGCCACCAACAACAGCAACAACACGUCCAAAGACAACCACAACCGCAGCAACAAAUCCAAAUGCAAGCCAUUCCUCAGGCAAAACAGAUGUCGACAAUAGCGGUCGGACAACAGCAGCGCUUUCAGAUCACAGCCACAGUGGCUCAGUCGCCGAUACACACCACCACUCAAUCGCUGAUCGGAACGCAGUCGGGUGUCAAAGCGUUGGCGCAGACAAACGUGGUCUCGACAAUGCCUGUAUCGGUUCCCAUGAGCGGAACGCCGCAGCGAAUCGGAACCACCACUACAACCACCGGCAAACCGAUGCAACAGAUAAUCACGCGCACCAUAACUGAUCCAGUUCAAAUGGCACAGAUUAUCAAACGGCAACAGAUGUCACAACAGAGUUCAGGUAAUUUACCGAUACUUGUUCACCAGCCGUCGGCCUCACACCCGACCCAAGCGUCUCAAUCGCAAACACAAUUACUCCAAAAUCCGGUCACAUUUGUUAAAACCCUGUCAUCGCCGGCAACUCUGUCCACACAAUCGUUAACAAUACCGAUAACAAUGGCCGGAAUGAAUAUAUUCACGUCUCCCGUCACUAAAGUGAUGUCUCCGACCGCUUCGGGCGCCACAACCACUGCCAUCACUUCGGUGUCGGCCACACAGUUGAGACAAAUCCAGUUAUUGCAGCAAAAGAGACCCCAACAGAGCCCUCAACAGAUCAUUCAACAACAACAACAACUCCAGAGUCAGCUCAGCCAACAAUUAGGCCAACAAACUCAGCAAAAAGUGACCGCCGCUACGAUCGCCGGCGCACAGGUCAAAGGAACGGCCCAAAUACAGAGCUCACCCGUCGGCACAUUCCAGAUACUACACCAGUCGUCGCCGGCCGGGCAGUCGACGCCACAGGCGGGCAAACAUUUGCCCACAACCGUCACAAUGCAACAGUUGCAACAGGCCAUCAAUAAAGGCUUCGUUUUGCCGCAAAACAUAUCUCACGCUAUUCACGUCUCACAGGCCGGCGCCAGCACUACAGCCGGCGCUACACUAAUACAGCAAUCGCUGCUUCAAGCGGUCGCUCAGUCGAAGACCACUCAAGUGAUUGAGAGCUCCCAACACACGGCGCCCAUCGCUGUCACACAAAUCACACCCAAUCAGCAAACGGUUAAACACAUUCAAGUGGUCUCCAGCGGCGGUCCGCAGGCGGCCGCCGGCUCUGCCACUGUCGCCCCCAAAAGUAUUAUAAUCUCAGGUCAGCCGACAAUUCUGCAAACGACUUCACUCCAGUCACAGCCACAGACCGUUACGUUCGCCAUAAGAGCCGCACAAAGCGCUGGAGUCCCGCAAACACAGACGGUUUCCAGCGCACAGAUAAUAACAACCGAGAGCUCAAACGUGGCCAACACUAGCACUACGGGUGCCAUCAAAAUGGAAGUGGAUGUCAAAGAGGAAGGCGACGCCAAUUCCGGCCAGAAUUCGCGACAAUCUCCGUACGCCACUCGACACAGAAAUACUAAGAAUUAGCACAAAGUGUUUGAAGGGAUUUGCAUUGUAUUUAAAGCCUAAAAACUUAUUGUAUUAAAGUAUGUAUUGUUUUUAUUUGUAAAUUAAAUGACAAUAAAUUUGUUAUAAACUGUAUAAUUAUGGAAAUA